UUGACUACAGACAUUAGACUUCUACAACUCCUCCUUCUCUUCUUCAAUUCUCUCGUGAACUCUUCGCUUUUCGUUUUCUCUUCUCCUUCCCAAAUUCGAUUCAUCUGAACCAAAAUCACCAACCUCUGUUUCCCAACUCAGUUCAUGAGCGAGCACUGAUUGAUUCUAUACAAGAAGAACAAGAAGAAGAUUACAGUGAUGAUGAUGAUGAACAACAACAACAACAAGAAGAUGAAGCGGUUAGAAGCAGAAGAUGGCAUCAAGUGCAUUGGUUUAGGUUUCGAUCUCACCAACGAUCUCAAGCUCAAAUUCUGCAAAGCUGACUCCAACAGAUUGAUCACCAUCGACGACGACAACAACCUCCCAGGUCACGUUUCCACCCCCAAUGUCCCCAAAUCCAUCAAGUGUGAUAAAGGUGACCGCAUGAGAUUAGGCUCUGAUGUUCUCUCUUUUCAGCAGAUGUCAGAGCAGUUUAACCAGGAGCUGUCACUGUCUGGAAAGAUUCCGACGGGCCAUUUCAAUGCUGCAUUUGAUUUUUCUGGAGGUUGGCAAAAGGAUGCUGCAAAUACCAAAACUCUUGCUUUUGAUGGUGUCUCCAUCACACUCUACAGCAUUGCACUUGAGAAAACUCAGGUUGGUCUUCGCGAUCAUGUCAGACAAGCUGUUCCUUCGUCCUGGGAUCCGGCUGCGUUGGCGAGGUUCAUUGAGAAAUAUGGAACCCAUGUUAUAGUUGGGGUGAAAUUAGGGGGGACAGAUAUAAUUUAUGCAAAGCAACAAUACUCAUCUCCUGUCCAACCUGUUGAAGUACGGAAAUUAUUGAAGGACAUGGCGGACAACAACUUCUUAGGCCAGGCUGGACAGCAUAACGCUCAUGAUGGGAAGUCUAAUACCAAGGAAAAGUUUAUGAUGGAUAAUGGGCUAGAUUUCAUGGGCAUCCAACCUCGUUCCUACUAUGAAGCAGAGGUGCAGGAUAUCAAGUUCAUGUGCAAGAGAAAAGGUGGAAAUCUGAAAAAAUCUAUGACCCACAAUGAUUGGUGCCAAACUGUUUUGUCUCAGCCUGAUCUGAUAGCAAUGUCAUUCAUACCAAUAACAUCUCUACUUGGUGGAGUUAAUGGGAGUGGGUAUUUAACUCAUGCCAUAAAUCUCUAUCUACGAUAUAAACCACCAAUUGAAGAACUGCAUCAGUUUUUGGAGUUCCAGCUUCCAAGGCAAUGGGCCCCUGUAUUUGGUGAGCUUGCCCUUGGUCCUGAAAGGAAGUCACAAAAUACUGCAUCGUUACAAUUCAGUUUCUUGGGUCCUAAACUCUAUGUAAACACAACCCCGGUUGAUGUAGGAAAGAAGCCCGUAACAGGCCUUCGAUUGUAUUUGGAAGGAAAGAAAAACAACUGCUUGGCAAUCCACUUACAACACCUUUCCUCCCUGCCCAAGACAUUCCAACUUAUGGAUGAGCCUAAUGGGAAUGUGCCUCACUCUUCUGAACGCAAAUACUAUGAAAAGGUCCAGUGGAAGAGUUUUUCUCAUGUGUGUACAGCUCCUGUUGAAUCUUACGAUGAAAACUCUGUUGUGACCGGAGCUCGCUUCGAAGUUGGAGAAUCUGGUCUGAAGAAAGUUCUGUUCCUAAGACUUCAUUUCUCUAAAGUUGCGGGCGCAACGUCUUUGAAGGCAGAGUGGGAUGGUUCACCUGGCUUGACCCAGAGAUCCGGAAUAAUCUCAACUUUUAUCAGCACUACCUUCUCAGGUCCCCAAAAACAACAACCGCCACCACCACGACCAUCAGAUGUGAACAUCAACUCGGCUUUGUACCCUGGGGGGCCUCCUGUGGCGGCUCAGUCAACUAAACUCCUGAGGUUUGUUGACACAACAGAAAUGACCAGAGGACCACAAGACUCACCUGGCUACUGGGUUGUGUCUGGGGCAAGGCUUUAUGUGGAGAAGGGUAAAAUAUCACUCAAAGUAAAAUACUCUCUUAAAACCGUGAUUUUACCUGAUGAAGAAACGUCAAGUUAUUGAAAAAAUAUAAUAGCAUGUUUGAAUCAACUUCUAUUUCCUCAGAAUCAAUUCUGAUACUCGAAAGCUACUCACGAAAUCAAUUCAGGUUUUAGAAUCAAUUGUGGAAGGGUUUCCAAUCAUGCUGUGAAAGAUGCUCUCAUCAUAUAAGUCCAAAGAUACAGGCGUGUGUACAUAAUGUCCUAUUUUUUUCCACUGUACAUUUGCUCUAUUCAUUAUAGGUUACUCCUUAAUGUUGUAAUUUUUUGUGCAUACCCACACUUAUGAUCCUUUGGGGAAUUCCUUGAUGUAGUUUUGAGAAAAGCUUGUGUAAUCAUGCACAUUACAUCCUUUUGUCUGUAUGUUUUGAAUGUAGUUUUACAUAUGUAUGUGGCGUGGGUUCUUCCAUGUAGACAUUGAUGAUAAGGGCAUUCAUGUCAAAAUCCAGGAGAAGUUGUUUGC